AUGUCAGAAUAUGUGUUGCUACAGUCUUAUCAAACAUUUUUACAGCACAAAUUCAACAGCGCACUAGAUAGGCAGAGUUCGAUCUGUUUUCUGGACACGUGUCCUGCAGCUGUCGCCCUCCUUUUUGACAAGAUGGUGGUCUGGAAAUUUAUCCUCGCUCUGAACGCUGUCGUUUUACUACGAGAGGUAUCUGCUCAAAGUAUUUCAGAAAUUAUAGAUAAAUAUGACUACCUAGACUACAUGAAGGUCAUUAUGGGAGGGAAGUUCCUAAAAGGCAUAAACGACCCUGAGUCAGAUAGUGGAGAGUAUCCCAUGCAAGAAGCUGACGUAAAACCGUACUACAUAGACACCCACCCCGUCACCAACGCACAAUUCUGGAAGUUCAAGGAAGCCAAGCCCCGGUAUGUGACGACAGCAGAACAUCACGGGUGGAGCUGGGUCCUAAAACCCUUCCUGUCCCCCACCGUCCUUGACCGGGGCCGGGACGUCCCACAGGGAACAUGGUGGGUCUCCGUUAGGGGCGCAGCGUGGAACAAGCCUGAGGGCUUAGGUUCCACCAUUAGAGACCGCCUGGAUCACCCCGUGGUACAUGUCAGUAUGGAGGAUGCCAAAGCGUACUGCACGUGGGUAGGGAAGCGAUUGCCCACUGAGAACGAGUGGGAAUUUGCAGCUCGUGGGGGACUUCACGCUAAGAUUUAUCCGUGGGGAGAUCGAUAUCAGAGGAAUCGGACCAACCUCUGGCAGGGAAAGUUUCCUAACGGGAACACCAAGGCUGAUCAUUGGGAUGGGACCUCUCCUGUCGAUUUUUACCAGACACAGAACGCUUUUGGUGUAUACGACAUGAUAGGGAAUGUUUGGGAGUGGACAGCCACACGGUACUACGACAGAGUUGUGGAUAGGAAACUCCAGGAGUUAAUGUAUGUGGUCAAGGGCGGAUCCUUCAUAGAUAGCCGGGACGGCCACUGUAAUCAUAUCGUCAGGACAGCUCAAAGAAUGGGUUUACAGCCGGAUUAUACGGCUCAGAAUCUUGGCUUCCGAUGUGUCCGCAGUGCCAAAGCAUAUUGGGACCUCCAUGGUCACAAGAACUUACGGAGACCAUACGUAGGGGACAACAAACCUGACCCCACUAGGAGGCGCCCACCCAGGCACCACAGGAAAGAUGAACUAUAGGAACCACCACAUGGGAAAAAAAUAACUAUAGAGAGGGCUCUUCAAGUCCUACUGUGUAAGAAUCUAGUCACAAAAUUGUGGACAACCGUGUCACAAGCAAAUACUGAUCAAAGGAACAGCUGGAUAAAAUAACAAGGACUUUUAACCAAAA